AUGGCGCUCACUACACGGGGCGGCGCCGGCGCCGGCGGCGGGGAUCCCGCGAAGGCGCCGUCCGCCUCCGACCCCAGCCUCGGCUUCCUCACCAAGCGCGACACCGAAGUCAAGCUGCCACGCGCCACGCGGGUCAAGAACAAGACCCCCGCGCCCAUCCAGAUUACGGCCGAGCAGAUCCUCCGGGAGGCCAGGGAGCGGCAGGAGCCUGAGAUCCGCCCGCCCAAGCAGAAGAUCACAGACCCGCACGAGCUCUCCGACUACCGCCUCCGCAAGCGCAAGGAGUUCGAGGACGUCAUCCGCCGCGUGCGGUGGAGCGUCUCGGCCUGGGUCAAGUACGCGCGGUGGGAGGAGCAGCAGCGGGACUUCGCGCGCGCGCGCUCCGUCUACGAGCGCGCGCUCGACGUCGCCCACCGCGACCACACGCUCUGGCUCAAGUAUGCCGAGUUCGAGAUGCGGAACCGGUUUGUCAACCACGCCCGGAAUAUCUGGGAUCGCGCGGUGUCGCUCCUCCCCCGGGUGGAUCAGCUCUGGUACAAGUACAUCCACAUGGAGGAGCUGCUUGGUGCGGUUGCCAAUGCACGCCAGGUGUUCGAGCGCUGGAUGUCUUGGCGACCCGACACGGCCGGCUGGAAUUCUUACAUCAAGUUUGAGCUGCGGUACGGGGAGGUCGAGCGUGCCAGGGCUAUAUAUGAGCGGUUUGUGGCUGAGCAUCCACGGCCAGAUACCUUCAUCCGCUAUGCUAAGUUUGAGAUGAAGCGCGGCGAGGUUGAGCGGGCACGGCGGGUGUAUGAGCGUGCAGCAGACCUGCUUGCGGAUGAUGAAGACGCAGAAGUGUUGUUUGUGGCGUUUGCAGAGUUUGAGGAGAGGUGCCGUGAGGUCGAGCGUGCACGUGCAAUAUACAAGUAUGCUCUGGACAGGGUGCCCAAGGGUCGUGCUGAGGAACUGUAUAGGAAGUUUCUGGCAUUUGAGAAGCAAUUUGGUGACCGCGAGGGAAUUGAGGAUGCCAUUGUGGGCAAGAGGAGAUUUCAGUACGAGGAUGAGGUUAGGAAGAACCCACUAAACUACGACUCAUGGUUUGAUUAUAUCAGGCUGGAGGAGAGUGUUGGGAAUAAGGACAGGAUCAGGGAGGUUUACGAGAGGGCCAUCGCCAAUGUGCCCCCUGCUGAGGAGAAGCGAUAUUGGCAGAGGUACAUAUAUCUCUGGAUUAAUUAUGCACUUUAUGAGGAGCUAGACGCACAAGACAUAGAACAGACCAGGGAGGUUUACAAGGAAUGCCUGAGGUUGAUUCCUCACAAGAAGUUCACGUUUGCAAAGAUGUGGCUCAUGGCGGCCCAGUUUGAGAUAAGGCAGAGAAAUCUAAAGGCUGCAAGACAAAUUCUUGGAAAUGCAAUUGGAAUGGCCCCAAAAGGCAAGAUAUUCAAGAAAUAUAUUGAAAUCGAGCUUUAUCUGGGCAACUUUGACCGUUGUAGGACUCUUUAUGAGAAAUAUAUUGAAUGGUCCCCAGCAAACUGUUAUGCCUGGAGGAAGUAUGCUGAAUUGGAGAAGAACCUUAGUGAGACUGAUCGUGCUCGAUCAAUAUAUGAACUUGCUAUUGCACAGCCAGCUCUUGAUACACCAGAGGUUCUGUGGAAGGAGUACUUGCAGUUUGAAAUUGAUGAAAAUGAAUUUGAGAGGACAAGGCAACUAUAUGAGAGGCUGCUUGAUAGGACAAAACAUUUGAAGGUAUGGAUCAGUUAUGCUGAGUUUGAGGCCUCUGCUGGCUUGGGCAGUGAAGACAGUGAAGGCGAGGAGAAAAAGAAUGAAGUUGGUUAUCAGGAACAGCAGAUGGAGCGGGUCCAAAAAUGUAGAGCUAUCUUUGAAAGGGCAUUCGACUACUUCAGAACCAGUGCCCCAGAGUUGAAGGAGGAAAGAGCUAUGCUUCUUGAAGAAUGGCUUAAUAAGGAGGUGAGCUUUGGUGAUCUUGGGGAUGUCAGCUUAGUGCAAAAGAAGGCACCAAGAAAAGUAAAGCGGAAGAGACCAAUCCCUACAGAAGAUGGCUCCAAUAUAGUGUAUGAGGAGUAUAUAGAUUACAUUUUCCCUGAUGAAGUUGCUCUAGCACCAAACCUGAAGAUCCUAGAAGCUGCUUACAAAUGGAAGAAGCAGAAAACCGGAGAUGAUGAUGAGUGA